UUGACGAGACUCUUUCGUAGUCAGCUAAAAAAAGAUUGGUACACCUUAAAAACACAGCAUAGAGAACCGAUUAUCGCAGUUAUCCAAGGGUUGGAGAAACCUGAGAGGACGUAGCGGCUCAGUGAAGCUCGACAAGAUGGCUAGUUAGCGAAACAGUCUGCCAAUACUUGAGAGCUUGCUCCGCCUUCUGGUAUAUUCCAUACGACAAUGGCAGAUUACCUGAUUUGCUAAAGGAAUACGUUCUUUCACGCUUCCUGAAAAUUAAAUGGGUGCAUUUGCUUAAUUUGACACUUGACGGUCCAGACACAGCGACAUUGUUGCUCAACUUGUGACACGUUUGAACAAUUUACAUUUGGAUCAUUCUUAGUCCCGAAAAGGGAACUGCAAUCUUAAAUCUAGAAGGGUUGCAGCAGACUGGACUCUUCAUUUAGAGAAGUGUCUCAACAAAUCCUUGCUAUUGGUUUCGAAAAGUUAAGUAGGCAUGAGUACCGCCAGGACAGAGACCCCAGCGAUUUUGGGCUUGUCCAACCAGAAUGGACAGCUUCGAGGCUCAGUGAAGCCUCCUGGAGCACCAGGUGGAGGUGGAGGAGGCCCUCAACAGCAACUUAUUCAGAUGAAAGGCACAAUCAACAAUGGCAACGGCCAACUGGGCCCGACAAGUAAUGCUGUCAAGCCUGGAGAUGACUGGAAGAAAAGUUUAAAGUUGCCCCCUAAAGACACGAGGAUGAAAACUUCGGAUGUGACUUCAACUAAAGGCAACGAGUUUGAAGAUUAUUGCCUAAAGAGGGAGCUGCUCAUGGGAAUCUUUGAGAUGGGCUGGGAAAAGCCAUCUCCAAUCCAGGAGGAAAGCAUUCCCAUUGCACUGUCAGGAAGAGAUAUCUUGGCAAGAGCCAAAAAUGGCACGGGAAAGAGUGGAGCCUACCUCAUUCCCUUACUUGAACGCAUUGACCUGAAGAGGGACUGCAUACAAGCUAUGGUCAUAGUACCCACCCGAGAACUGGCUCUGCAAGUAAGCCAAAUAAGUAUCCAGGUCAGCAAACACAUGGGUGGAGUAAAGGUAAUGGCAACCACAGGUGGAACCAACCUACGCGAUGACAUCAUGAGACUCGAUGAGACGGUACAUGUGAUCAUUGCCACUCCUGGGAGAAUUUUAGACCUCAUCAAGAAAGGAUUGGCCAAAGUCAAUCAAGUGCAGAUGGUCGUUCUGGAUGAAGCUGACAAGCUCCUGUCUCAGGACUUUGUGGUUAUGAUGGAGGAAAUGCUGGGCUUCCUGUCCAAACGGAGGCAAAUCUUGCUUUAUUCUGCAACCUUUCCUGUCAGCGUUCAGAAGUUUAUGAAUGCACACUUGCAGAAACCCUAUGAGAUCAACCUGAUGGAGGAGCUGACACUCAAGGGUGUGACUCAGUAUUAUGCUUAUGUAACUGAGAGGCAAAAAGUCCAUUGCCUUAACACCUUGUUCUCUCGGCUCCAGAUCAACCAGUCGAUAAUCUUCUGCAACUCCUCACAGAGAGUGGAACUCCUUGCCAAGAAGAUCUCCCAGCUUGGUUAUUCGUGUUUCUACAUUCAUGCCAAGAUGAGACAGGAGCAUCGCAACCGUGUGUUCCAUGACUUCAGAAACGGCCUCUGCCGGAAUCUUGUCUGCACUGAUCUCUUCACAAGAGGAAUUGACAUUCAAGCUGUGAAUGUUGUAAUCAAUUUCGACUUUCCCAAGCUGGGAGAGACCUACCUUCAUCGCAUUGGGAGAUCUGGCCGCUUUGGACACUUGGGUCUCGCCAUUAACCUCAUCACUUAUGAUGAUCGCUUCAAUCUGAAGGGGAUUGAGGAGCAGCUCGGAACGGAGAUCAAGCCCAUCCCUGGCAUCAUCGACAAGAGUCUAUAUGUGGCAGAGUACCACAGUGAGAGUGGCGAAGAGGUCUAGCCGUGAGCCAAUCAGUCCAACAUCCAUUCCCCUUUUUUGUUCAUCCCCCGAACCCCCGUCUUGAAGUCCUCGUUUAAUUUUUUAUGUCCAGUUUCCUAUUUUGGAUGCCACCAUAAGGAAUGUGUAUUUUGAUUCGAAGCGUUUCGGAAGAACUCAUUUGCCCUUUUAUUGGGCUCUGUGCUGCGCCAUCACACCCUGAAGACAUACGCACUGGGAGGAAAGCACGGGACCAAGUCUAAAUGUAUCAGUGCACAUUGUGAAGACUCCACCACCGACGCAAAGCCAGCACCAACGGACCGCUAUACAACUCCAUGUUUUAGUUUGAGAAGUUUUAACAAAUUUGUAUCAAGUGCCUUAACAAGCAGAUCAACUCGUUCUAAAGUAACAACCCUUCAUUAUUCGCCAUCUUGCUUCAUACCACUCGCUCACAUUUGCCGACUUGAAAAUUUGUUUCACUAAUUUAGCGUCCGACCGCAUAGAUGAUUUCAUAUCUGUUUUUGGUUGAGUCAUCAAUGGAGAUGAGGAGAGAGCCGGUCUGAUCUUUUUUUUGCUGGCUUCGCUGCACUUGAGUCUGGCUGGUAAAGAGGACCCGCUUGGAUGUUCCAUGGACAGAGAUGCUGGAUUUAGUUCAAGAGACGGCCAGACUGCCUGGUAGCUGGUGGAGAAGCUUGUGCUUCUAAAAGAGCCACAUCCUUCCCUUGGGCUUCAGUGUCGGAACACUGAAAUGAAUAUGCAGCCGCAGCAGUCAUGAGGAUUCCUCUUCUGGUGGAGUUUAAUUGUGGGAACGCAUUUUUUUUCUUUUUCUUUGUCCUGUGUUUCACCUUCCGACGGAUGGCCAUACUUUAUUCUGCGAGCUGUGCAGCCAACAUGUGGGGUGCACCUUCCACCUUGUGUAAAUACCUUAAUUUUAAGAUUGUUUUAAACGAGUAGAAAAGACUGGCCAACAAACUGAAAAGAACCCCACACCCCCCUCUUGUUGGCACUGGAGGCUGUUUGCCUCACUUUGUUUGAUCUGCAAUAUCGGCCUGUGAAUUUAUUUAUCAUUUUAGAAAUUGCAGAAUUUAUUAGAAUCUAAAACCUGUAAAAUGGCUUGUGCAUGUCAUUUUCUUUGGAGGUGAAGUACACGUGUAAUAUUUAGCCCCUUCAGAGUGCAAUUCUUCAAUGUUGCACUUAAAUUAAGAUUCUUUAAAUUGUUGCCCUUCUGCUCCCAGUUCAGUGUUCAGUCUUGACAGGUGGCUUUGUCAAGCUCAUGCAUUUGAGUAAUGAAUUAUUUGUUGUCCCCAGCCUUAACUUUUGAAACCGACCUUGUGACGCACUCUAAGAUCUCUUAUAGCGAGUGUUGUGAUCGCAAGAUGAAUGAUAUUCUAUCAUGUAGUCGUACUACUCCUCUCGGUGCAGCAAAAUUGUCAGAUUAGUUUUCCGCGGCGGUAUUGGCCGUUACGUUCUCUCUGCUCUAAGCACAGCGACGCCACUUCACAAAUGUUGACUACGCUGUGGAUCUAUGUUCCCCCUUUCCAAGACGUUUGCCAAAUGCAUCUGACCUCAAAUGUAGCAGGAAUCCACUCUGUGCAUUGUGUGCUAGCUGGCUUUAAUUAAUCCAGCUGGCAAAAGAUGCCUCAUUUAAAAGAAGAAAAUGCAACCUCAGCAGGUUGAACUGCACUUAACGCACAGAGACGUGAUCAGGCAAUAACACGGGCCGCUCUGCGCUGUGCGCCCACAACGCCCAAAUGGGAAGAAAGUGUGAGGCACAAAAUCUAAACAAAUGGCACGGCGGGCGAAUGGGCGAGAAGGAUGACAGAUUACCAUUAGUCUGACUGCUUGUUUGAAGAAAAUAACGUGGGCCCCUCAGCCUGCUGAGUUCACGGUUUAUUUCGCUGCCCUUUAUUGUGAUGUUGGGUUUGGAAUACAGUUUUGUGUUUUCAUGCGACACGACGACCUCGUUCUGCAUUAAGGUCUCUGACCACUCGGUUGGUCAGCGGACACCUUUUUGUGACUGAGGUUCCCCUUUGUUAUGGUGAGAUGCUCUUUACACUGUUCUAAUCGAUGAGAAGUCGGACAUUUGCACAUUUAAUUGAACGUCUUUUUAAAAAAACAACUAAUCCAAAUCGUGUGAUAAUGUCGAGUUUAAAAAUGACUUUUAUUUCUCAUUGGUUAGGACUGAUCCCUGUUCUCUCGGCUCUAUUAAUGCGUCCUAAAUACAAGUACUUCUAAUUCGGCUGUUUUGGUUGGGUGGGAGGUCUGCAUUUGUUCCACGUAUUCAAACUAAAUGCAGCGUCAGCCGAGUGAACGGGGAUCUCACUGCAGGCGCCUGGCAGCUGCCUGUUGUGUCAGCCAGAGGCAGGAAACAACACAGCAGAUCCUCUCAGAGCUAAACUUUACGAUCAAGAUUCAGUGUGUUGCUGCCUUUUGAUGGGAUGCUGCUUCACUGCCUGGCUGCCAUGUUGAGAACCUUAAAGACUGAGACGAGAGCAUCUCCCGUCAGAUCGGGCAAUUUAAUUGGAUAGUUUGUGUAACUAAAUUGUCUCAUUCUUUAAGGUGUUUAUUUUAAUUUGUGGGCUGGCUAAAUUAUUGCUCUUGCUGCCCUGAUGCACACGUUCAUCCUCUCGAUGGUUCUGAAACAUUUACGUAAACACAGCUUUUGUGUUCAAUCUGGCCGCUGAUCCUCCUCCGAGGAUGUGGGAGGAGUCCGUUAGGGAAUUCUUUCCUCAGUGAUGCAUCAGUUAAAAAUAAUGGGGAGGAGCCUUUGGGCAAUUAAACAUUAUAAGAUCUAAAGUUCCAAAGUUAUGUUAAUAGUUACAAAAGGAUUGAAAAAAGUUGCCCUUGGAUUUUAUUUUAGCUUUCAAAAUGAAACGUUCAAGUGGAGUUAACCUUAAUUAAAAAGUCUCCAAGUUUAAGGAAGAAUUUAAAGCCAGAGUUUCUUUUAUGAAUAUUUGGUUAUUUAAUUGGCACCGUUUUCAGUGACGCUAAUUUUACAAUGGACUCAAGUUUAAAAGAUGUCUUGAAUAUUAUUGAAUUCGAUUGAAAGUUCUGUUAAUAAAGCUCACUGAAAUUUA